UGAGCGCCUAUUUAGCUGUCUAGGCGUGCGACGGAAAAAAGUUGAAGAUACGUGCGUGUCAUUGAAUCGUGAAGAUUGACGUGUAUGAGAGGAACCGCGGAAUCGAGUGAUGUUUAAUUCGGUUAUCAAAGAAAACAGUCAAAGCACGCGUUCGUGAUCCCAAGUGACGCGGUAUUUGUCGCUUGCACGCGGGCGGAAAGGGGAGAGAGGGAUGGUGGGUACGAAAGGAGACCCGAAUUUUUCACCUCAAGCAGAUGUGAUUGUCGUGAACGGAUUUUGCGUAUGCCUGAUCGAGAGUUCGCAUUCAGGAUACGUCGUGCAUGAUGAUACAGUGUUGUUAACCACAUCGUGAAUUCCAUUCGUGUGUUCCGCAAAGUGCUCGAUAUAUGUAUAAAGGGUGUGGGAAGAGGAGUGCGUUCUCUCGCAUCGACCUGGAAUGCUGCCGUGUUUUGAUGUGCCUACUAUUGCGCAUGAAAAAAUUCACCUGCCCUUGACAAUAGCCUAUUUAUCCGAACCAGACCGCCUUUAAACCGCGCUUACCAGUGAUAACAGGGGUUCAACCACCCACCUACGUGUGCAUCGCCUGUCCCACUCUCUUUUUCUCUACCUCUCUACGUAUUUCCUCUAAACGUACGAGCAAACAAGCAAGCGACCACAAGCGCGCGCGCGCGCGCUCUCGCUUGCUGCUGCUGCGUGUACACGUGAAAACACCCGCGUGUGUCUGUCUCUCAUUGUCAGUAGCAUCGUGUAUACAACCCUUUCUUUAUAUGUGCCCAUGCCUGUCUGUGUAUACGCGCCAACCAUUCUGGUCAACGUUAUAAAUUGUAUUAUUCGACGCGAUAAACAGGUGUACGUGCGGUUCUAUCCCGGAUCAAUGAUACUUCCAUUUUUCCGAGUAAUUUCCAAAUCAAAAUAUUUGCAAAUGCGAAAUAUGUAAAUGCUAGCGUAUACAGGCCGCUUCAGAUUCCAUGCAAUCUGUCGUCCUGGGAUACCACACGAACCUCGAACCGUGGCGGGCGAAAUUAGACGAAACCGCGUGACAGGUGGAACCCAACGAGAACCGUGAUCGCAGAAAUCUCGUCAAGAGGUACAUAGUUUCUAUGUUUACCGAGAAAUUCACUUUACGAAGAGUUGUUGAUUUUUCGUCGUGGAUUGGACUGUUUCUUAAUUCCGUGACUUUAGUAAACGUGGUUACUCGAUAAUAAUCGCAUGAAUCGCAUCGAAGAGGUCGACCCGUGCGACGCCCUUAGUACACAUUGAGUGCACAUGCACUAUGGUGGCGUGUUAUUGCUUAUUUACCCCCGACACGUGCUUUCACCAUUGGCUUGCUUCGAGUACAACGAUAUCGACGACGACAACCUCUCCACGUUAAAAGCAGAAAGGCUACACAUUGUUUAAGAAAGAAAAGAAAAAAAAACAGCAAAACGAGCGUGCAGUUUUACAGAAACGUUCUUUGAAUCUUCUUACGCCGAUAGAAGCAACGAUAUAUGAUUGUACCGAUUGAAAUAUCUAUAUGGUGUUGUUUCUCCAGUGCAAAAGUUGGAAGUGUGUCUUUCGAGUCGAGCUGCUGCUCUGACAACGUGGGUGGGAACAUGCAUUCUACCACAAUGAACUAUUGACAUAGUAUGUUUGGGCAUAGCAAAAUAUGCGUAACGAAUUGAUCAUCUAUACCAUUUAAAUGGUACAAUAUUACGCGUCGAUAGAGAAGACGCAAAAUUUUUGGCGACAACGGGCUUUUCGAUCGUCACUGCGCGAUGUCUUCGAGCAGAGGUUUAGUCUCCCCUUCAGGAGGUCCCGUUGUUCUCUCCGGUCACGUGAAGAAGCUAAAGACGCAGAAGAAAAAAUUCUUUGUACUGCGUGGCGAGGCACCAGGAUAUCCCGCGUGUCUCGAAUAUUACGAUAGCAAAAAGAAAUUUGAAAAUAGGCAACCGCCAAAGCGCAGCAUCUUGUUGAACAGCUGUUUCAAUAUUAAUAGACGCAUGGACACCAAACACAAACAUGUUAUCGCAUUGUAUACGAAAGACGAAUGCUUUUGCUUGAUUCUGGAGAGUGAGAAAGAAUUGGAUGAAUGGCUGAAAGCGAUGCUUUUACUUCAGAGCGGAGAUGUAGCUGAUGGAGAGCAACCUCGGCCUAUAUUUGAACAUGUAUGGCAAGUUACAAUGCAGAAAAAAGGACUAGGUGAACGAAAGAAUAUCCAUGGCCCCUAUAGGCUAUGUUUAACUGACCGAACAUUAAGCCUAGUGAAAAUCGGGGCAAAGGAUAAUUCAGACACUAUAGAAUUCCCUUUAAUUUGUAUCAGACGAUGUGGUUAUAUGGAACGUAUCUUCUACAUGGAAGUAGGUCGUUCAGCUGUUACUGGUGGUGGUGAAUUAUGGAUGGAAGCUGAAGACAAUAAUAUAGCAAAUAAUAUGCAUGCUGCUAUUAUAAAUUCUAUGAGCAAUUCUAGUUGCAAGAAAGAUGAUGUCGGGCCACGUGAAAGAAUUCGCAGUUCCUCUGCCACCGAAGCCAGCAAGCCAAUCGGUGUGCUGCAACGACAUGCUGGACAAAAAUUUCAUAAUUCGCCAUUAGAGGAACACAGGACGCACGAGGAGCAGGUGGAUCAACUUCAAGAACAGGAGCAGUCUAAUCAGACUCAGAGUACCUCUUCUUGCAAUACGAUCACGGUCGUUGCUGGUACCGGGGCUGGGACUGCUGGGAUUGCCUCGACUAAUAACAACUGUGCCACUACCACUAGACGUCGUCAUUCGGUAGCGAGUCAUCCCCAUUCCGUCAAUAAUUCCCAAUCCGUUCAUGUUACAACAAGUACAACUACAACAACCAUCACCACCACUAUUACCAUCACUACGACCGCUACCGUGACCACCACAACCACAACCGCGACAAUAUCCCAUCAGAGAACCUUGUCGCUGCCCUUAGCUGCCAUUAUCAAUCAAAUGCAAUCAUCUAAAAGAUCAGUUUUACGCUGUGCAAACGGGCGUGACAGAUGUGAUAGUUUACCAUCGAGGGCUCGUACCACCAGCGAGAGCCAUCCAGCAUCAAUGUUAAGUCAUCCUAGGAGUACUCUGAGACCGCAUUCUAUGUACGGAAAAGGCGCAUCCUACUCACCACCGAUCACUUCGAUGCCUAUCAGUCCUGCUUCCGGUGCAUGUUCCACAGACUCCGCGGGAUCAUCUCUCUCAAUGGACGAUGGUGGCGAAAAUGUGUUGGAAGAGGGUACCGUUUCGAGAUAUGGUCAUUCUUUAACGCCUGACGAACCUGUUAUUCUGGAGGAGAAUGGCGACGAUUAUGCUCCGUGGUCCACGUCGCAUUCGCAUCAUAAAUAUUCGCCAAAUUUCAAGUCGCAUUCUCCUUCUCAGCAAAGUUCCUAUAUAGAAAUGUGCAGCCCUUUUGGAUCAAGUCCUGGGCGCAGCGGAGGUUACAUGCCAAUGAGUUCAGGAACAGGAUAUUCGCAUUCACGAGGGUCUUCCCUUGUAGAAGAAUCAAACACUCUACCAGAAGGUUACGUACCUAUGGCACCCGUUGGAGACAACGGAUACGUCGACAUGGAUCCUUCGCAUAAUCACAAUGGCCAUUUUGCCGAUGAUCUGUCGCAUGGUGGCAGUAGUUGUUCCGUUACAUCUGGUACACCCAGUACAGAUUUGCGUUUCUCUGAGUAUCAUUUAGACAAAGUGACGAGUUUUCUUCCAUCCGGAGAGGAUUUGCAAGCUAGACCAGCAAGAGCCUAUUCCAUUGGGUCUCGGCCAGAACCUGUAAACAGGCAUCGCAAAAAUAGGUUGGACAUUACUCAACAAGAAGCUAGCCGAGUACGAGCGUUCUCUGUAGGCAGCAGAUCUAAGAGACCUGAAAUUGGCAGGUUAGCGAAUGUAGUCACUGCAGCGUUACCAGUUGGUUGUGAAAGCUCGAGUUCCAAUAAAUCAAACUCGGCGCCAUUGUUAUCGAGUUCUUGGGGACACAAUUCCGGUUGCUCUGUAACUUCCGAACGAAUGGAGGACCUAAUGGAAUUGGACUUCACGAAACCCAAUAUUUCUGCAACCUUCAAUUCACCACCUUCGUCUUAUUCGCAGUCGCAAUCUCAGUCGCAUUCGUAUUCUACUGCCACCGACACCAGUUCCUACGUUGAUAUGUCUCCUGGACAACCGCCGUCGUCGACCACUGCCUCGUACGUCGAUAUGAGCCGCAUAAAUAAGAUUAAUCGUAAUAACAAUAACAAUACAAUCACUGCCAAUCAGAAUCAUAGUCACAUUCAUGUAUCGUCCUCUGCUUCCAUACAUAAACCUGUAAUUACUACUUUGAAACCGGUGGAAGAAGCAGAAGGACCAUACAUGAGAAUGGAUGGUGUAAUGGAGGAUUGGUCACAAUCCGAUACAAGUCCUAAGCAAAUUGCAUCGCCUAUGCAAGAAGAGUGUGUGCAAUCGAACGGACCGCCAGGAGCCACGAGAACAGCACCGGUCGAUCUUCCACGGCGCCCACCUGCCGACUAUGUUGAUAUGAGUUUUAAAUCAAGAACAAGUUUAGAACAAGACUAUAUGAAUAUGAAUAUGAACAGUCGAAACAAUCGUAAACCAAUAGCGACGCGAGCGGGUAGUCAAAAGGAGAAGUCUCGUUCGCAGCCAAUCGCGAUUCAAGCGGGAAAUAAACCUAUAAAAACGCCUAGUUUCUUACCACUAAACGGAAGUCCGGAAUCAGAAAGUUUAGCAAGUACACCGGCGUCGCCGCCACGGGCAACUCCAACAGGUUCCUCAGCGACUAUUUUCCCUUUUUCCUUGAACAGCCCGCAAUCACCCGAGAAAUCGUUCACUCACCAAAAGGAUACCGACAAAUCUUCAGAGCUGAAUAUGACUUCUAAACGCAGUAACGAUCGUACAAUGGCAGAAACCACAAAUAGUAGAGUUAGCACGAUCAAUUCUAUCUCUGUAACGGAGGCGAAUAAAACCUUGGCGAAAAUAAUUAACGAUAGACCGUCUAGUCCUACAGGGAAAGAUAGUCAAGUUAGUCGCGUGAUAUCAAACAACUCAUUGACCUUGCAAGAUAAUACGUUGAACGCUAUAACAAAGAAGUUUCCCGAUUUGAACGUAUCAAAACCACGUUUAAUCACUGCGUCUCCAAACACCAGUCCGACGUUGCCUGGCUUUAAGCCAACCGUUGAAAAGCGGGCCUCGUCUCCCAAAUUGCUAGACGAGACGCCCACACCUACACCUACCGCUAUGCCAAGCCCCUUAGAAAAGAAUUUCGUGCAAAUUGAUGCGGAAAUUUUGCACUACGCUAGUCUAGAUCUUCCUGAGGUUGCUAACGUGGCACCUAUUUCGUCAGCAUCCCAAGAAGGCUUCAAUUACGCUGAAAUCGAUUUCACUAAACUUAAAUAAAACUAGGCUGUCAUUAUUUUAAAUGUACGAGUGGUGGCAUUGAUGUAACACGCGUGUGGGUCAGGUGUUGUAAAAUGCUGUAUUGACUUUUUUUUUUUUUUUUGACGAGUAUAAACAGGACAAUCGAUCGUUCUAACAUUGGUCGAGCUAAACUAAUAAAAAAUUAAUUGGUUCGGAGUGCUGGAUGUAAAGUAAUGUAGAUAGGGAAAUUUUAUUAUUUAGUUCUAAACUUUGAGUUGAAAUCGCUUUAUUUUUCGUACGCUUCUGACUUAAAAAAAAAAAGCGAAAGUUUACUGGUUAUACUUUAUUUUCUUAUUUAACAUUAUAACGAUUAUAUUAUGUUAAAAUAUUGUUGUAAAUUGAUAUCACCUUUCGAGUUCGAGAACAGGAGGGUCUAAUUGUUUUCUCUGUUUUUCUUUCUCUUUUUUAUACUUACCAUUUUUUUCGACGAAGUGCAUGAAUAUUAAGUAUGAGAUUGAAACUACCUUGUUUCAGUUGCUCUGCAAGCAAACGUUGUAAGUAGUAUUAUCUCACGUUAUAAAAAUAUAUACAUGUAUAAAACAAGUAAUCUAUUGAGAAAAAAAGAAAAGGAGUACUAUUUAUCGGUGGUUUUAAAUCUAUUUCUAGAUAUUAUGGCGACUAACUUAAUGUUAUUACUAAUCACGUUGAUUUUUGUUAAUUUGAUUGGAUUCUUCCAACAAUGUGCAAUGAUACACUACCAAAAACAUAAUUAUUACGUGCGAGCUAGCAAAUAUGGCAUUGUUUCCUCAUCACGAGGAAAUCAUUUAUCGUUCGCCAAUGUUGGAUCGAUGCUAAAUUACUGGUAACUUGUACUUCAGGCAAGUGUACGUCGUUUACAAUGAACAUAUAUUAUACGUAUUAUCACGCUUUUUCAUAUGAAUUAUGAAUUACUGAAAUAUCGUUUCACACAAUAUUUUCACAUUCUUGUACAUUUAAAUGUGAAUGUGCGGGCGCGCGUGCGCACGUAUAUAUUACACGUUCAUUCAGACAUAUACGCAUACACGUACGCAUUUACAGAUUACUCUGUAAAGGAUUAUACAAGACACGGUAUCCACUGGAAAGAGAGAUGAUUGAUUGUGUAAAAAUAAAUUAAAAAUCAGUCUUAACGAGACGUUGUUGCUGAAAAAUAGAAAAGGAAAAAUGUUUCUUAAUACUACCGAUAUUUUAUGAGUUCGAUUUUAAUGACAUAUUUCUCCUCGCAUACAAUUUAAGGAUAGUUCAGAUAUAAAUUAUAUCAUAUCGUGUAUAUAUGCAUACAUAUGCAUUGUCAAAAUAAUGUUAUAAAUAUAUACAUAUGUGGAAAUAUGUAUUAUAUUAUAUAUAUAACAUAAUAUACAUCAAUAUAUAGAAAUAUGUUCAUAUAUAUGAUAUAUUAUACAUAUAUUAAUGAAUAAUACGUAUAUUAAUGAUGAUUAAAGCAGUGUAUAUUGCUGUUCUUCAUUAUGUGAUACUUAUACGUGUGCAUAUGUAUAUGUAUAUAUAUAUAUAUAUACAUACAUAUAAUAGUAUGUGUAUAUAUAUAUAUAUAUAUAUAUAAAGUAAAUCCUUCGAACGCUCCUCUGAAGGUUCUCGAGAUAAAACAAAUGACACGUUGAUUGUAUUAUUGUAUAAUAAUGUUGUUGUAACAUGUACAUUGUUCGAUUUAAGAUUAUUAUUUGACUGACAUUAGUUGAACACUAAGUUUUUAUUUAGAAAGAAAAAACGAAGCAUACGCGAGAUCUUUUUUUGUUGCAGAUUAACACAAUGUCCGUCCAAAUGAAAUAGAUCGCGUUUUAAUAGCGUCUUAGUUUCCUGGUAAAGGAAGUUUUGUUUGAUUUAAUAAUUAACAUGUAAAUAUAAACUCUUUUGCAAAUUAUAAACUUGAGAACUUUAUUGUUUUAUAAUCAUAGAUUUUUCUUUUAUUUUGUUUUUCUUUACUAUUUAUUUCGCUUAAUUUUAUUGAAAUUUCUGAAAUAAUCGGCUAGUGAUAUCGAAUGUAUAAAGGACAGGGAAAUCAAAAUAGGAAAGUUGAACUUUUAUUUAUUUAUAAACGUAUUAUUACGAGUUAUAUUCGAGUGAGAAAUUAUUAUUUUUGUAUUAGAAAACAGUAUUUAUUUUUCGUUGGAGAAAAUUACAUUUCUUUCAGCUUUUUCUUUUUGUCGGGAAAAUUAAUUUGUCAAUUAAUAAAUUAAGUACCUAAUCACUAAUCACGUAUGGUUUAUAGUAUUAUACCUUAAGAAGGAAACGAUAAUUUUAGGUGUAUUAUAAAUAAUUAUCUUAAUGGCUAUCUCUUAUAAUAGAUUGUUUAAUAUACUUAUUUUAUUUAUUUCGUUACUUGAAAACUUUUAAUAUUUACUGUCAAUUGGUAUGCCGGGAUUUAUUUUAAUAAUCAAGUAAGUUCGCUGACAAAAUAUAUGUCAUAAAUGAAGGAAACAUGAUCACACGUAACGGUGUACAUCCUUGACGUUUUUUAAAUCAUAUUUUUAUUUUUGAUACUUUAAUGCCGAUUCAAAAAUGGAGCUUGUUAACCAAAAAUUACUCUAUAAUCCAUUUGUUUUUCAAUUAAAAUGAACAUUGUGUUAUCUAGUGCUAAAAUUUGGGGAAUGUUGAUUCCUUAAUAUAUAGAUGUACAUUACGAAAAGAUGUAUAAAUAUGGGGAAAGUAAUGUUGAUUUGAAUGUACAUAUAAAAUUUAAAUAUAAUAUCUAAUAAUAAGUAUUUUACUGACACAUUAAA